CAAAAACCUUCACUCUCUCAAUUUUCUUCUCAAAUGAGAAAAGGGAGAUUAGUCAAGAGCACAAGUAGUAAUUCCUCAAAUGAAGAUGCAUUUGAGUUAAGAAAAGGGCCAUGGACUACUGAGGAAGACAACCUUCUUAUUAAUCAUGUAACUAGCCAUGGCGAGGGUCGUUGGAAUGCCUUAGCCAAAUCUUCUGGAUUGAAGAGAACAGGGAAAAGUUGUAGGUUGAGAUGGUUGAAUUACUUGAAACCUGAUGUUAAACGAGGAAACCUUAGCCCACAAGAACAACUCUUAAUCCUUGAACUCCACUCUAAAUGGGGAAACAGGUGGUCGAAAAUAGCAGAGCAUUUACCUGGAAGAACAGAUAAUGAGAUUAAGAAUUAUUGGAGAACAAGGGUGCAAAAACAAGCGCGACAACUUAAGGUUGAUUCUAACAGUACAAAGUUUCUUGAAGCAAUUAGGAGUUUUUGGAUACCUAGGUUGCUUGAGAAAAUGGAGCAAUAUUGUCCCUCUUCAUCAUCCCCUUCUUUUUCUUCAUUUUCCGAUAUUGAAAAGCAGAAUUCUGCUCUUCCUUCUUCCUUAAUCAACGAGCAAGAAUCUUUGCAAUCACUAAUAAAUCCAAAACCAAAUACAUGCCAGGAAAUUAGUCCAAGAUUUUACUCACCAGAAUCCAAAAGUAUGGCAGAAAAUGCCACUAGCUUUACUGGUAACUCUGUUUACAGCAAUUCAACUCAAGAAGAUUGUUAUCAUUUGGAGACUAGCAGCAGCUAUUUUGAGGAGCAACCAUAUUUUUCAGCACUAGAAUCUCAAGAUAUGUCCAUCUCAGAGUAUAAUGGGAUGGCAGAAGCCAAUUGGUUUACGGACCAAUUGUGGAACAUUGAUGAGUUCUGGCAAUUCAGAAAUAUAGGAGAUGUUGGCAUCUCAAGUCAGAAGCUGUGUCACUGAUAUAUUGUUAAUAUUGAUUAGGGAGUUUGACGAAGUUUAACUUAUUGAAUCUAUGAACGUAGCAAGUCGUCCGUCCAUACUCUUAAAGUUUUACUGUAUAGGUUGGUGUUUGCGGAGCUUGUGUAAUGUAGUUGUAGUUAAUGCUGAAGUAGGACUCCUUAGGAACAGCCUUCUUGUAGUAUAUAGAGGAGGUCCAAAUUGUUAAUCUUAAUAGAGUAGAUAUCACUUG